UUUUUUUUUUUUUUUUUUGUGAGUGCGUGUGUGUGUCUGCCAGUCCACAUCUACCUUCAUCAAAUUUAUAUACAAAAAGACACGGUCACUCCUCAAUUAUUUUAGACUUUUUUUAAUAAUACAUAUAUAUCAAACUUAUACACAAUGUCGUCGUCUUCCAAACCAGAAUAUAGUAAAAUCGCCAUCAAUGACCAAGAUGAACCUCGACCAGCAACAACACACUCAUCAUCUUCUACCAUUGUCGCUCCAUCUAUUGUGAGUUUAUCACCUGCCAUGCGUGCUGCUUUACCUAUAGCUUGUUAUUGUUUUGCAAGUAUCUUGAUGACUGUCACCAACAAGUAUGUUCUUAGUGGUUAUGGUUUCAAUAUGAACUUUAUGUUAUUAACAGUUCAGAACUUAGUAACAGUGGCAUUAUUACAUAUGUUCAAAUUCUUGAAUCUUAUCAAGUUUCGUGAUUUUGACAAAGAAGAAGCAAAGAAAUGGUUCCCAAUUGCUGCUGCUCUUGUGGCAAUGAUUUAUACUGGUUCCAAAUCACUUCAAUAUCUUCGUAUUCCUAUUUAUACCAUCUUCAAGAAUUUGACAAUUAUUCUUAUUGCUUAUGGUGAAGUACUUUGGUUUGGUGGUGUGGUGACUGAACAAAUGUUACUCUCUUUUGGAUUGAUGGUAUUGUCUUCUGUCAUUGCUGGUUGGGCAGAUAUAACUGAUACAUUAUCUGAAAUUGUUACUUUGGAUUCUACUUUUAUUGGUUAUUUUUGGAUGGCCACCAACUGUAUCUCAUCCGCUGCCUUUGUUCUGUAUAUGCGCAAACGAAUCAAAUUGACUUCAUUCAAGGAUUUCGAUACAAUGUAUUACAACAAUGUUUUAUCUAUUCCUAUUUUGAUCAUCCCAAGUUUGAUUUUUGAAGAUUGGAGUUCGGAAAAUCUAUCAAGAACAUUCCCUCCUGAAAUUAGAUCACAAAUGAUAUAUGCUAUGAUAUUCUCUGGAGCUUCAGCCUUUGUGAUGUCUUAUGCUUCUGCUUGGUGUGUUCGUACUACAUCUUCAACGACUUAUUCCAUGGUAGGUGCAUUGAACAAAUUACCUAUUGCAGCAUCUGGUAUUCUAUUCUUUGGAGAUCCUGCCACUUUUGCCAAUGUCACUGCAAUCAUUGUUGGAUUCAUUGCUGGUCUUGUCUACUCUUAUGCAAAAACAUUUGGUAAUAAAUCCAACAAUACUCAACAACAACAAAGUAUCCCAAUGUCUUCAUCAAGUCAAAGUGCUGCUGAUGCUGCCAAAGCCAAUGGAAAAGUGUAAAUGAUAUAUUAGCUUUAGAGUUUUUUUUUACUUUAGUGAUCUGUUAUAGUUUUAUUGUUUCUUUUUUUUUUUAUCAAAUAAUAUAAAAAAUAAAAUAGUCCUAUAUUUAGUGUAAUCAAUUGUCGAUCCUUCACUUCAGGUACAAUUGAACUUCCGGACCGUCACA